AUGUCAGGCCGUGGUAAAGGAGGGAAAGUUAAGUCAAAGGCAAAGUCUCGUUCUAACCGUGCUGGUUUGCAAUUCCCAGUCGGACGUAUUCAUCGUUUGUUACGUAAAGGAAACUAUGCUGAACGAGUUGGUGCUGGUGCUCCAGUAUACUUAGCUGCUGUUAUGGAAUAUUUGGCUGCAGAAGUUCUCGAGUUAGCUGGUAAUGCUGCUCGUGACAACAAAAAGACCAGAAUUAUUCCACGUCAUUUACAAUUGGCCAUCCGUAAUGACGAAGAGUUAAAUAAGCUUUUAUCUGGUGUUACAAUCGCUCAAGGUGGUGUUUUACCAAACAUUCAAGCUGUUUUCGUACGCAUCGUAAAGAAAGAAGAAAAGGAAAUAAUGGCUCGUACAAAGCAAACAGCCCGUAAAUCUACUGGUGGAAAAGCACCAAGAAAACAAUUGGCUACAAAAGCUGCUCGUAAAUCAGCACCAGCAACUGGUGGUGUUAAGAAACCUCAUCGUUAUCGACCUGGUACAGUUGCCCUUCGUGAAAUUCGUCGUUAUCAGAAAUCGACUGAAUUGUUGAUCCGCAAAUUACCAUUCCAACUUUUGGUUCGUGAAAUCGCACAAGAUUUUAAAACUGACUUGCGUUUCCAAUCAUCAGCUGUCAUGGCUUUACAAGAAGCAUCCGAAGCUUACCUUGUAGGAUUAUUCGAAGACACCAACUUAAUGUCAGGCCGUGGUAAAGGAGGGAAAGUGAAGUCAAAGGCAAAAUCUCGUUCUAACCGUGCUGGUUUGCAAUUCCCAGUCGGGCGUAUUCAUCGUUUGUUACGUAAAGGAAACUAUGCUGAACGAGUUGGUGCUGGUGCUCCAGUAUACUUAGCUGCUGUUAUGGAAUAUUUGGCUGCAGAAGUUCUCGAGUUAGCUGGUAAUGCUGCUCGUGACAACAAAAAGACCAGAAUUAUUCCACGUCAUUUACAAUUGGCCAUCCGUAAUGACGAAGAGUUAAAUAAGCUUUUAUCUGGUGUUACAAUCGCUCAAGGUGGUGUUUUACCAAACAUUCAAGCUGUUUUCGUACGCAUCGUAAAGAAAGAAGAAAAGGAAAUAAUGGCUCGUACAAAGCAAACAGCCCGUAAAUCUACUGGUGGAAAAGCACCAAGAAAACAAUUGGCUACAAAAGCUGCUCGUAAAUCAGCACCAGCAACUGGUGGUGUUAAGAAACCUCAUCGUUAUCGACCUGGUACAGUUGCCCUUCGUGAAAUUCGUCGUUAUCAGAAAUCGACUGAAUUGUUGAUCCGCAAAUUACCAUUCCAACGUUUGGUUCGUGAAAUCGCACAAGAUUUUAAAACUGACUUGCGUUUCCAAUCAUCAGCUGUCAUGGCUUUACAAGAAGCAUCCGAAGCUUACCUUGUAGGAUUAUUCGAAGACACCAACUUGUGUGCUAUCCAUGCUAAGCGAGUCACCAUCAUGCCAAAAGAUAUUCAAUUGGCACGUCGUAUUCGUGCCCGUAAAUCUACUGGUGGAAAAGCACCAAGAAAACAAUUGGCUACAAAAGCUGCUCGUAAAUCAGCACCAGCAACUGGUGGUGUUAAGAAACCUCAUCGUUAUCGACCUGGUACAGUUGCCCUUCGUGAAAUUCGUCGUUAUCAGAAAUCGACUGAAUUGUUGAUCCGCAAAUUACCAUUCCAACGUUUGGUUCGUGAAAUCGCACAAGAUUUUAAAACUGACUUGCGUUUCCAAUCAUCAGCUGUCAUGGCUUUACAAGAAGCAUCCGAAGCUUACCUUGUAGGAUUAUUCGAAGACACCAACUUGUGUGCUAUCCAUGCUAAGCGAGUCACCAUCAUGCCAAAAGAUAUUCAAUUGGCACGUCGUAUUCGUGGUGAACGCGCUUAA